GUGGAAAUUUAUCCUCUUAACUCUUAACUUACAAGUUACUAUUCCAGAACUUGUCACUUACCUGAAGACCCAUGACUCUAAAUCCUGGUCUUACACUGAAUUUUUAACUACCUAUCGUGAUGUUAUAUUAGCAUCAACAUCAGCCUCUGACGAAUGGACAGGCUUGAAUGGUACCUGGGUACGGCGUUUUUUGCGUGAAGCAAAUUUGUUGAGUUCAAUAAACGAUGGUGAUAUAGAAAAAAGCGAAGGUGAUAUAGAAAAAAGG